UUAUCACAGAAGCAACUUUCUUGUUUAACCCCCGCGCUUUUCUCGUAAUCCGGGGACACAGCCAAGAAGAGGGAGACGCGGCCGGUGGGGCGGCGGCUGCGGCCAUGGCGAUCCCCCUCGUGCUCGUCGUGCUCCCACUCGGCCUCCUCUUCCUCCUCUCCGGCCUCAUCGUCAACGCUGUCCAGGCUGUCUUGUUCGUGUCUAUAAGGCCCUUGUCGAAGAGCUUGUAUCGGCGGAUCAACAGAUUCUUGGCUGAGCUGCUAUGGCUUCAGCUAAUCUGGCUUGUGGACUGGUGGGCUGGUGUUAAGUUAAUAAGAAGCAUAAAAUUGAGAAAUCCAAAGUCAGUUUCUUUGCACUUCGGCAGAGAGCAUGCCUUUAUAAUAUCAAAUCACCGGAGUGAUAUUGAUUGGCUUAUUGGAUGGAUUUUAGCACAGCGUUCAGGAUGUCUUGGAAGCACACUAGCUAUCAUGAAGAAAUCUUCAAAGUUCCUUCCUGUUAUUGGCUGGUCCAUGUGGUUUGCUGAAUACCUCUUUUUGGAGAGAAGUUGGGCAAAGGAUGAAAACACACUUAAGGGAUUUGUAUCAGCAGUAAGUAUUAUGCGUGAUUUUGUCCCAGCUAUCUAUGAUACAACAGUGGUAAUCCCUAAAGAUUCACCUGCACCAACAAUGCUGCGUAUUCUCAAGGGACAGUCAUCGGUAGUUCAUGUCUGCAUAAAACGUCAUGCAAUGAUUGAUAUGCCUAAAUCCGAUGAAGAUGUUUCAAAAUGGUGCCAGGACAUAUUUGUGGCAAAGGAUGCAUUAUUGGACAAGCAUAUAGCAACUGGUAGUUUUGAUGAGGAAAUUAGACCGAUUGGUCGUCCAAUAAAAUCUUUGGUGGUCGUUCUGGCUUGGUCAUGCCUCCUGCUAUAUGGUACCUACAGAUUCUUACAGUGGACUCAGCUCCUGUCAACGUGGAAAGGCAUUAUCCUCUUUGUUGCUGGAUUGGGGCUGGUGACUGGCAUCUUGCAUGUCUUCAUAAUGUUCUUGCAAUCAGAACGCUCGAGCUCUGCCAGAGCAGCAAGGAAUCGAGUUAAGAAAGGUUUGAGGGACUCCCAAUUCGUUACGUGACCGAUUAUGUAGGCACAAGCGUAAUGGGACAAAUUUUCUCGGUUCUUGUGCUCUUUAGGAUCUGAAAAGUUUUUUCCUGUGGCAAGAAUUGCCAUCUCCAACCUCUUCUUGUACUUGUAUGAAAACAAUUGUAGAUUUGUUUUUGGUGGAGCACAAACUGGUCAUGAAUUUAUUGAACUUCUCUUGUAGAUAGUAAGCUGGGCGGAAACUGGUCAUGAAUUUAUUGAAUUUCUCUUGUAGAUA